AUGUCGUCCAAAAGCAAACAAGAGAAGGCGACCGUCUUGAAGGGACAAGAAGCUGAAGAUAAAAUUUUAAACUACAUCAAACGGAUGAAUCGACCCUAUGGAGCUGUGGAUGUCUCAGCUAAUCUGAAAGGAGCCGUUCCGAAGGCGGCUACUCAAAAAAUCCUCGCAUCUUUGGCCGAAAAGGGCGAGUUGAUACAGAAGACGUAUGGAAAGACCACAUUUUUCGUGGCGGAUCAAGCAAAAAUCCCCGCACUUACUGCGGAGGAAAUUACCACCAUGCAGAGCGAAAUCACAGAGACCCAGGGACGCAACAAACUGAUGCAAGCCGAAAUACGUCAAACUACUGCUGAGCUAGCGAAGCUCAGAAACGCACCCACGGACACGGAGCUGGCUACACAGAUAGAACAGAUCGAAAAAGCGAUCCAGCGUGGGCUCAACGUUCUGGCACCCCUGCGAUCCGGCAUGCAUUUGAUAUCAGCUGACGACAUCGCUACGGUGGACGUGGAGUGGGAUAAAUGGCGUUCAGAGUGGUUGAGGAGAAAGCAAAUAUUUCAGACACUUUGGGGGGUGGCGACAGACUCGCUUUCACCACAAGAAAACGCAUCGCUGGCGGAGGAACUCGGCAUCGAACAUGACACAGCGGAGCAUAAGAAGUUAGAUGCGGCGGACAAGGCAACUCUCAAUACACGCCGUUUGCGGUGA